AUGGAGAUUGAUGAUUCAAUGUCAAAUUGGCCAUGGGCACAACAUACUCCUAGAGUUGGAGGACACAGUAUUGCUAGAAAUAAUGCCACGAUAGAUUCUGUUAUAGAUGAAAUAUUUGCAGAUGAUACUAAUCCGUUAAAUGACAACAAUAAUGAUAAUAUGGAUAACAAUAAUAAUAGCAUACUUUUUGAUUCAUCUUUACGGGAAAAUUAUAAUAAUAAUAAUAAUUUGUACCAUCAUUCUCCUACUAGAGGUGAUUUGUGGAUAUCAAAAGAUAGGAAAAUGGUCGAAUGGUCGAUUUCAAAUCACAUCAUUAAAAGAUUUCAAUUUUAUAAUAAAGAAAAAAAUUCAAUCGUAUUAAAGGCAGGUUUUAUUGAUUUCGAAUAUACUAAAGAUUGUUUAAUCAUAUUACUAAAUGAUUUUGCCAAUGUUUAUUAUUUAAAUAAUAAUAAUGAUAUGAUUACUAUCAAUUAUCCGUUUACCAUCUCAAAUGUAUUUUGGUAUUCUAAAGGUAUCAUAUUGGAAAGAAAAUUAAAUAAUAAUAAUAUAUUUGAAAAGAAUCAUAGAUUUAUUGUCUUAAAUGACCCCAUGGCUCCAUUUGGGUUGUUAGAAUUUUCAAUGAAUCAAAAAUUAGAAUUUAAUAUAAAUGAUUUACAAUUAAUGGUAUUCCCCAAGAAUAAUUUGUUUAAUAUUUCAAUAUUUUAUGAAACUCCUACAAAUCAAUUGCAUUUUUUUUAUACAAAGAUUUCAACUACAACAAAUAAUAAUAAUAUUUCUCUUAAUACAAAAAUAAAUUCAAAUAUAUCGUCAUCUAUUUUAAAACCGUCUAUAAAUAAUGAUUCUAUCCAAGAUAGUGAUGAAGCUACUUCUUUCACUCAAAGAUUUACUUCCAAUGGUAGUAGGCGAUCCAUCUCUAUAAACUUUGAUCCUUCUUCUUUAGCUUCUCCUCUGGCAGAAACAAAUGUUAAUAACAAUAAUAAUCAUAAUAAUAACAUUGGCAAUAAUUCGAAUUUUAAUAUUAAUGAAUUACCAAAAAUAGAUGUGCGUUCACCUAGUUACCCAUUGAUGUCACCUUAUUCAAAUAAUAAUAUAGAUUUAAAUAUACCACAACAUGAAACAAAUUCAAAUGUACCCAUUACUUAUAACAAUUAUAAUAUUUCUUCCAAAGAUGUAACAUUAACAAGAAUCUCCACUUUAACUUUACCAAAAAUUUUGAAAAAUAAUAAUACUCUCUUAAAAUUGUUACCAUUAAUUUUAGACAAUAAAGAAAUCAUAGUUAUAUUUGAUGAUUACUCUAAAUUCUCUAAGAUUUGGUUUAUAAAUUUAUUACCAAAUAUUAUUAAUUUUUAUCCAUUUAAAGUUUAUGGUGAAUCUCCAAAAGAUAUGAUAGGACUUUCCAAUAUUAAUAUUUUAAAUAAUAAUAAUAAUUCAAUGAAUAAUGAUGUUUUAAAGAUUAGAAAUAUAUUUCCUUAUAUUUGUCAAAAUGCAUUUUAUGAAAAUACUGUGGUAAUUGAAUAUCAAUCAAAAAAUGAUUUACAAAUUUUUUUAUGUUUGUAUAAUCCAUUUAUUUCAAUACCGUCUCCAUUCAUUAAAUUUGAUUAUAAUAAAUAUUUAUCUUCAAUUUGUAAUAUUUCAUCAGAGCAUAUUAUAUUGAAUAAAUCUAUAAAUGAAAGUAACAGCAACCUUACAAACUUGAAAGAUAUCAAUGAUGAUGUAGAUUCAUUUACAUUUACUUCACCAUUCAUUUUCCCUAAACAAGGUUUAAUGUUGAAAAUUUUUAAUGCUUUAAAAUUGAUUUGUUCAAAUGAUAUCUAUUUUUGUAUUAUAGUCAUUUGGCAAUCAAUUUUCAAUUCAUCUUUAGAUGAAACUUGGUAUGAUCCACUUUUAAUUAAUGAAGUCCAAUUUAAUAUUUUUAAAAAAAUUAUUAUAUUUUUAAUUAAUUUAAAGGAUGAAAAAUUAUUAAAUUCAAUUUCAAAUUCAAGUUCGAAUUCGAAUAUAAAGCAUUCAAGAGCAUUAAGUUAUCUAUCAAAUUCAAAUAAGAAAAAUUAUUUACCACAAAUUAUAAUGGGAUUACAUUUAUUAAAUGAAGAAUUUAAAUUAAAUGUAUUAAAUAAUAAAGAUGUGCAAAAAUUAACAGAAUUAUUAUAUAUUUCUUUGAAAUAUUUAAAUUGGGGAGAAAUAUGGAUUAAUUAUUAUAAAGACUCAAAGCAAAUUGAUUAUACCAAUCUUGAAAAUUAUUAUCAAUUUGAAACUAUUGAUGAAAUUGAAAAUUUUAGUAAACCAUUAGAAGAACCACCAUCUAUUUUAAAAAGUUUAUAUAGUAUUACUGAAUGUAGCAAUUUAUCCAUAACUCCCUUUAUUACAUUUUCUAGAUUAGUAGGAAAAGAUUUUGAUAUUGAUGAACUAAUAACUCCAAGGACUUCAAAAUUAUUAAAAUUAUACGAUUUUUUCCACGCAAAUAAAAAAAGUUCCCCUGAACAACUUUUAAAAUAUUUAGAGUUAUGGAAAAUUGAUAAAUAUGAAAUUGAAACUUAUCCAUUAGGAAUUAUGGUUCCAUUAGAAGCAAUCUUAGAAAAUAUUCAGUAUCAAUUAUCUACUAUUAAUGAAGAUAUUGAUUUAUCCUUAAUAAAUAGAAUUGAUUUGAAUACACAAAUUCAAACUAUUAAAAAUGCCAAAUAUUAUAAUCAAAAUACUAAGCAAUUUGAAAUUCAAAAUAAUCAAAAUCAAUUGUUUAGAAAUUCAAAUUUAGAUAAUAAUUCUAAACUAGCAAUUCAAAAAAAAUUAUAUUCAAAUCAAUUAAAUCAAUCAUUAACUUCAUCUUCAUCUAAUAAUUCAAAACCAAAAGAUAUAUACUCUGUAUUAACAGAUAUUAUUAGAAACACACCCACAUUUAAGGAUGAAAAAUCAAAUUCCAAAAUAAAUUCUGCCAUAAAUUCUUAUAAUAUCAAUAAUUUAGCUUAUGAUAGCAAGGAUGAUGAUAUUGAUGAAGGUCAAAUCUUAAAGAAAAAUUCAAAUAUUAUCUUUUCCCAAGAUAAAAGAUUUAGUGAUGCAUUAAAUUUACUGAUUUAUUACAAACCUCAUAAUAUUUAUUUUUUUUCGAAAUCUAGAGAAUACACAAAAUUAUUGAAGAAGAAAAAACUAUUUGCUAAGAACAUCGCACUUAGAACAUGUACAAAUGGUAUUGGUUGGGGUGCUAUCGUUUAUGCCACUGAAAAGCCUCUAUCUACCCAACGCUGGCAAAGACCGCACUUAAAUCUAGUAUCCUUAUUUUCGGAUGGUACAAAGAUUUCUUUAGAACCUAGUGACAUUGAUGAUAUAUAUUAUCAAUGGGGUGAGUUCCACGGUGGGGUAAGUUCAGGCUUAAGGAUAUCUAGAAAGGCAACUAAUAUCGACGGUAGUUGGAUUACAUUUAAUAAACCUUUAGAGCUAGAUUCUCAACAUGGUGGGUUUCUACUUGGAUUGGGACUUAAUGGCCAUUUAAAAGAAUUAGAAGAAUGGCAUGUCUACAACUAUUUAAGUUUAAAGAAUAACCUCGUCAGUAUUGGUUUGUUAUUAGGUAUGAGUGCUAGUUUAAAAGGAACAAUGGAUAUUAAACUUACUAAAGUACUAAGUGUCCAUAUCGUGGCUUUAUUGCCACCAGGUUCUACCGACUUAAAUAUCGAUUUAAAGGUUCAAACUGCGGGUUUAGUUGGAGUAGGUUUAUUGUAUCAAGGUUCCUCCCAUAAAAGAAUGAGUAAUCUUUUCUAUAACCAACUUUCUUCAUUGUUGCUAAUAAAAGAUGAACAAGUAGCAGAUGAAGGAUAUAGAAUGGCUGCAGGAAUCGCAUUGGGUCUUAUUAACCUUGGAACUGGGAAAAGGCGAUUUUUAAAGAAAAGAAAGAAAGAAUCUAAAAGAAGAAAAAUUGCAUCCACUAGAAACACAAUCACAAGUUAUAAUUCAUUUGCUAGUAGGCCAAGAGUAAUAAGUGAAGCGGGGCUACAAAAGCCUUCACCAAUUUUUGAUAGCAGUAUUAAUAAUAUUAUUGAUGACAGCAGCACCGGCAGUACAAGUAGUAGUAGUAGUAGUAGUAGCGAUGAAGAUGAUAUAUCAACGAAAUCUACAUCAGAUACAAAGUUUAACGAACUAGGCCUAGAUAAAGAUAUUGAAAAUGGAUUACUACGAUUUUUAACUCAAACAUUUGAUACUGAAAGAGAAUGGAUACCUGAGAACUCCCAAAUUGGUGUUACCCUAGCAAUCAUUUUAAUUUAUGUGCAGUCAAAUGAUUUGAAUGUUGCAACUCAGGUUCGACCAAAGAAUAUUUUAAAAUUGAGUAACGUACAAGGCCGGCCAGAGUUAUACAUGUACAGAGAACUUACAUAUUAUAUGAUAAUGUGGGAUCUUAUGGGUCAAGAUCUAGAUUUUGUAUUAAAAGGCUUUGAUUCUGUUAACAUUACUGGAAUUACCACAGAUAAUCUCCCACUGUAUUAUAUAAUUGCAGGGCGAGUGUUGGCAAUGGGUAUAAAGUAUUCAUCAUCAGGGGAACUGAAGAUAAGAGACACUUUGAUUAAAAUUUGUGAUAUAUUUCUUCCCUUUUAUCAGUAUGCUGGGGAUGGAUCAGCUGAUUUUCGUAUGGCUAUUGCAGGUAUCAACAUGAUUAUGAACGUUGCCAUAGUAUCUAUGGGUCUUAUUAUGUGUGGUACUGGUGACUUGAGCACAUUCCGAAGAAUUAGAUACCUUCAUGAAGUUGUUACUGGAAAUGCCUCUGACUUAUUUAGACGUGUAGAUGAAGCAAAAAAAGUUCCGGAUAAAAAUGCAGAUGGUGAUGUUGAAAUAGACAUCGAUGAACCAAGUAUAGAUGGUGCAACAAACGAAGAAGGUAGUGAUACUGAAGCUGAAAUUGAUUAUGGAGACGAUAAUAUCAAGAAAGCUUUAAAUUCGGACAAAAUCCCGAUUGAACAUCAUUAUGGAAAAUAUAUGGCCACGAACUUAGCCUUAGGGUUUCUCUUCUUGGGUUCCGGUCAAUACGCAUUAAAAACGUCAGAUGUUGAAAGUAUUGCUUAUAUUUUACUAUCCGUUUUACCGAUAUAUAUGCCCAAUUACCCUCUGCAAGAGUUAAAACAUUUUUGGAGCAUGGCUGUAGAGCCAAGGUGUCUGGUCUUAAGGGAUGUUCUUUCUGGUGACUUCAUCAACUCUGUACCAGUUAAUAUUUCUUUACAUGCAGAUGGCAUGAAAUCAACUACUAGUAAGACAUUUUAUCCUCCCUGCUUACUUCCUGAUAUUAGAAAAAUCGCUUCCAUUAAAAUCGACUUAGAAGAUUAUUACCCAUUUGAAAUACAAUUUUCGAAUGACUUGAAACCAGUAGAUUAUUUUAAAAACGGUACUGUUAUUCAUAUUCAGAAGAAGGAGUUUGGAGCUGUGUCACAUGAAAAUAGGUUUGGUCUUCAUGUUGAUAACUUGGAGACUUCUUUAAGAAAAAAAAUUGAAGGACAUGAGACUUCUAUUGAUAGAAUAAAAGCAUCUACUUCGAUAAAAGAUAUUGAUAUUUUGCAUCCUAUUAACUUUAACGAUAUUAUUAUGACUGAAGUGGAUACCUAUAGUAAACUUGGAACUUCUUCGCCUGAUAAGGUUCAUACAGAUUAUAAUAUAAACUUAUUAUCAUCGACUUAUAAUUUGGGAUCAUCUGAUGAUAUGAGACUCGAACUAUGGAAAAGAACACACCUUAAAUGA